AUGUUCAAGCCCACACCCGCUCUCCAGGGUACCCUCCGGCGGCUGCCACUCAGCACCAAGCAAGCGGGCAGAGAAUACUACAAGGGAAACCGCGUGGGGUCCAUGGGCACAAUCAACCGCUACGGCAAAUUCACGCCGGACUGGAACAAGAUACGGACUUAUGUGUUCCCCGUGCACGGGGUGAAGAACGCCGAGUUGACGCCCUUCGUUGCCGAAACCGUGCAGAAGACGCGUACCACCGACUCCAACCAGUCCGAGGUGUAUCCGAAGCGCUUCACCGGCGAGGACUACCUACGCGCGUGGAAGAUGGCGGGCGGACAUGAUAUCGUAUACGAGGAGGCGAGUGCGACACGGCCGAAUAUGCCGGCGCCGUUUGAGGAGAGAAAAGCUUCGUAG